UGUUGUUGACUUGCACGCUGUCAUUGGAAGGAGCAAGACAUGCCUCUUCUUUAAAUCGUUAAAAGUUUUUGACUGUAGUGCAGGUCCGUUUGUCAGCAUUCGUACAUGUUUUCGGUUGUGCUGGUUAUGAAUUGUCAAGUGUAGUUUAUAUGUAUAUUGUAUAGAUUUGAUCGGUAAUGUCAAUCUACAGACCACUUGUGUGUUUGCUUAAGCAUGGCACAACAUUAAAAAUCUGCAGGACGGUGACCACCUGGUCACCUGUAGGAGCUGCUUUCAAUGCCAAAGUCCAGAGGAGACUGGACCUCUUUCAACAAAAUGUGGGGUUGUUUGCUGUCCCGGAGCUCAGCUCGGUUGAAGGGUUCGACGUAAUCCAGGACAGAGCCCUACAGGAGACGGAGCAUCUGGUACAGAAAGCAUGCAGCUGUCCACCAGGAGUCGAGACCGUCGAGACUUUCGACAAACUAUCAGACACCCUUUGCCGAGUGGCAGACCUUGCAGACUUUAUCAAAGUAGCACACCCUGACCCAUCGUAUCGAGAGGCUGCAGAGAAGACUUGUAUAAAGAUUGGAACUAUGGUGGAGAGGCUCAAUACAAAUGUUGAAUUGUUUCAAAGUUUAAAGGACCUUUUAGAUAAUGAAGAGGUUAUGGCCAAACUGGACCCAGAAACAAGAAGAGUAGCUGAACUGUUCAUGUUUGACUUUGAGAUAAGUGGAAUACAUCUGGAUAAAAAGAAGAGGAAAGAGGCUGUGAAUCUGAAUGUUAAGCUGUUGGAUCUAAGCAAUCAGUUUCUCAUGGGCUGCCACGUGCCAAACAGAAUCGAGAAGCGAGUUAUUCCUGAACACAUUCACCAACACUUCACAAAAGAUGGACAAUAUAUUCAGAUCGGAGGCCUGCAUGCUGACGUGCCUGAUGAUCUGGUCAGGGAGGUUGCAUAUAAGAUAUUUCUUUACCCAAAUGCAAACGUGAUGCACAUUCUCGAGGAGCUCUUGACAUCCAGAGAUAAACUCGCUCGAUUGGUUGGUUAUGAAUCUUAUGCACAUAGAGCCUUAAAAGGAACCAUGGCCAAAAGCCCGGAAUCGGUCAUGAAUUUCUUACAGCUGCUGACAGAGAAAUUAUCAGACAGGACACAAAAUGAUUUUAAAAUGAUGAGGGAUAUGAAGACAAAACUUAACCCCAGAAAUACAGAAUUAAUGCCAUGGGACCAUCCGUACUUCAGUGGUGUUAUUCGUGCCGAAAGAUUUAACAUUGAGCCAAGUCUGUACAGUCCGUAUUUUUCACUGGGAGCGUGUAUGGAAGGUCUGAACAGUGUUUUUACUCGGUUGUUUGGUGUGUCGCUGCUGGCCGAGCAGCCCAGUGUGGGAGAAGUGUGGAGCGAAGAUGUUCGUAAGCUGGCUGUGGUGCAUGAAACAGAGGGGUUGCUGGGAUACAUCUACUGUGACUUCUUCUACAGGGCAGACAAACCUCACCAGGACUGCCAUUUUACCAUCCGUGGUGGGCGGCGAUUGGAUGAUGGCCAGUAUCAGUUGCCUGUGGUGGUUUUAAUGCUGAACCUCCCACACCCCACACACUCCGCUCCCACGCUGCUCAGUCCAGGGAUGAUGGAGAACCUUUUUCACGAGAUGGGUCACGCCAUGCACUCCAUGCUGGGACGCACACGCUACCAGCAUGUGACGGGAACACGAUGUGCAACAGAUUUUGCGGAGGUCCCUUCGAUUUUAAUGGAAUACUUUGCGACAGAUUAUCGCGUGAUCAACCAGUUUGCUCGUCAUUACCAAACAGGACAGCCUUUGCCACAGAGCAUGGUGGCUCGCCUUUGUGAAUCCAAGAAGGUCUGUGGAGCAGCCGACACACAACUUCAGGUUUUCUAUGCAGCCCUGGAUCAAGUUUAUCAUGGAAAACCACAAAAACAAUCAACGACAGAUAUUUUAAUAGACAUGCAGAAGAAGUAUUAUGGUCUACCGUACAUCAACAACACGGCCUGGCAGCUGAGGUUCAGUCAUCUCAUUGGCUACGGGGCAAAAUACUACUCGUACCUGAUGUCACGUGCCGUGGCCUCUAUGGUGUGGAAACAGUGUUUCUAUAAGGAUCCCUUGAGCAGGGAAACCGGAGAGCGUUACCGCCGAGAGAUGCUGGCACACGGGGGAGGGAAGGAGCCCAUGCUGAUGGUGGAAGGCAUGUUGCAGAAAAGACCCUCCGUUGAAGACUUUGUCAACGCUCUCGUCUCUGACCUGGAGCCUGACUUUGAAACGUUCAUCAUGGACUCAGAGGGCUGAAAGAUGUUUCGGGAAAAUCCUAGAUUUUCAUUUCUUAUGUUGGACAAUGUAUAACUUUAUCUGCCUCAAUGGGAGGAAUGUAUGAUACAAGAUCAAUGAUUCAUAACCCAUUACACUGUAAAAAGUGAAAGUUGGAUCUACUUAAAAAAUUACUUCAAUUUGUAACACUUGAAGAGAAUGAAAAAUUUGAAAAUCAUGUUUAAAAAAAAUUUUUUUUUUAAGUUAUUCCAGCUUUAAUUUUUUACAGGCUAACAUGUUUGGGCCACAUUUUAUAAAAAUCAUAAAAAUAAAAAAUAUAUUUAAAGAAAUUAAAGCCUGUUAAAUUAGUCUUUUUAUUUUUAUGACAAAAAAUGACUUUAAUAAACAUUAUUCAGAAUAAAAAUUGUGGCAAAAAAGUGAAUAGUUAGAAAAAUAACACCUCAAGGCAUUUUUUUAGAUAAAAUUUGACCCAGUUUUUUGUGAGAUGUAUAGGUAAGUACACGGGUAGAUUAAUGUUGUUGGAUAAACACUGUAUUGUUUUUGCUCUGUCAGGCCCCCGGCUGAAUCUAAAAAUAUACCAUGUUUGUAUAUGACAAAGCUUGGAUAAUCGUCAAAUGAUUCUGAAAUAAAUGGUUUAAAAAUA